AUGACCAGCGUCACCCUUAAACUCCGCCAGAAGCGGUCCAUGACGCGCCUUCUUAAUCAAGGUCGCUCGAUUCUCGAGUGCAAUUUCGACCCAAACGCCUUCAUCGUCCCUCAGUGGAUCUUGGCACCCCCCGAGGUGCGCAAUGCCAUGCUCGCCCUCCAGUACAAAGCUAUGAUAGCCGUUUAUGGCAUGAAGAGCCUCAUGGUUGCCCGCGACCACCGCUACUUCGAGUUAUGCCCCAAGAACAUGGGCCCUAUUGUCUACCAGUUCCAUCAAUCCUCCAUGCGCCGUCUUCUCGAAUGGAAAGAGGAUUGGAACUUCGCCGACCCGACCCUCGCAGCCGCUGCUAAAAUCCCUCGCGACACUCUUCAGUUCUGCGUCGACUCAAUCGCCUACGGAAAGUUCACCUAUGACUACACCAACAGGAUUGACACCUUUAUGUCUGGCUCUUUCCAGGCCUGGCGCCAGCUUCGCGUGGAGAUCGGCCACAUGGCAUUCCGUCUCAUGAGCCAUAAGCCGCACGACUACAACGAGUGGUGUGUCUGGUGGGAGGGCAAGUUUGCUGAUGACAUGUGGAAGUGGGAGGUUUGCCUCGAGGGCCUGAUUCUGCCUACCUGGGAGGAGAUCAUCGAUGAUGUUUACCUCAUGAUCCAUGAUCGAGUUGAGGAUGCCCAAGACCUGGCCGACUCAUUCUACAUCAGCACCCCAGGGAUGGCUUCGACAACUUGA